GGGGGAGGAGAGCGAGCAGCAGUGGCAGUGCUGCAUCAUCACUAUACUGCCACUACAGCAGAGGAGAGGCAGCCUGACUGCCUGACUCUCUCUCUCUCUUUCUCUCUCUCUCUCUCUCUCUCUUUUUCUCUCUCUCAUACACACACAUUCAUGCACACUCACUCUCUCUCUCACACACACACACACACACACACACACACACACACACACACACUGGAGGGAAGCCGGCUGCUUCUCAACCUCACAAGAAGCCUCGCGGAGCAGAGAAGUCCCUGGUGACAUGAUCCAUCACCUGUCUCCGGGACUCGAGACGCUGCAUGUGUGUGUUCAUCCCUGACAACGGACCAUGGACGAGGCUGCUACCUCCACAUCUGACGCCGUUUGUUUGGACUGUCUUAUUUUGUUUGCUGAGGCGCCCGUGACCGGCGGCAUGGAGGAGUGUUAACGUCGGAGCUGCCGGGACAUUUCGGCAUUGUGUGUGUUUUUUUUUUCCCUCCCUCUCGCUUCAGUAGAGCCAGAACUCUAACGGGUGGAAGUGGAUGCCUGGGUUUUUUCGGCGGCUGCGUACCGGAGCAGAGUGCUUACCUCAGGAUUUGUAGUGAAGAGGAAGGGGGGGGGGGAUGAUAAACAGCAGCGAGGAGAGGACGGCUUGCACUGCAGCAUCAGACUGGCAUCUCUUGUUGUACGUUGGGGAUUUUCUUUUGCCUCUUGUGGUCGCACACAUGCACAAAUCUCACCCCCAGCAGCAGCAGCAGCAGCAGCAGCAGCAGCAGCAGCGGAGCCGGGCUGUGGUUUCCAUGCACCGAUGGACUACUGCUACUUUAAGGAUGGGCUCCCUGCCCGCUGAGGCACAGAAGAUGCUGAUUUAAGAAGAACAGGAGGCACGCUUUGUUUUCUGAGCCGAAGACGGGACGAGUAACUUCAGGAUUAAGGAUAAAAAGAGAGAGAGAGAGAGAGACUUGGAUGACAGGAUGACGGUUGAGUUGAGCUGAAACCCCCCCACCCCCCUCCCCCUCCUCCUUCCCUCGUCUAGUCCAAACAUGAACUCUUCCUCCGAUGCGAACCAAAGCAGCUCUCCGCCGUUCUGCCUGCUGGGCGCCGUGGGUUACUCCCACAGCCUGGAUACCUGUGUGCUGGAGGUGGUCGUCAUCCUCUUCCUCACUGUGCUCAUCAUCGCCGGCAACCUGGUGGUGAUCUUCGUCUUCCACUGUGCCCCCCUGCUGCACCACCACACCACCAGCCACUUCAUCCAGACCAUGGCCUACGCCGACCUGCUGGUGGGCGUGAGCUGCCUGGUGCCCUCGCUGUCCCUCCUCCACUACCUCCGCGGCCUGAACGAGGAAUUCACCUGCAAGGCGUUUGGUUACAUGGUUUCUGUGCUGAAGAGCGUCUCCAUGGCGUCGCUGGCGUGCAUCAGCGUAGACCGCUACAUCGCCAUUACCCGCCCGCUGUCGUACGCCACGCUGGUGACGCCCUGCCGGCUGAGGGUGUGCAUCGUCCUCGUCUGGGUUUACUCUGCUUCCAUCUUCCUGCCGUCCUUCUUCGGCUGGGGGAAGCCAGGUUACCACGGGGACAUAUUUCAGUGGUGCGCCGACUCCUGGAAAACUAACCCUGGGUUCAGCACCUUCAUUGUGGCGCUGCUCUACGCCCCGGCAGCGCUCACCGUCUGCUUCACUUACGGUAGUAUAUUCAGGAUCUGCCGGCAGCACACGAGGGAGAUCACCCAGCGCCACGCCCGCUUCAGCUCGCAAGCGGAGGGCGAUAAAGGCGAGCGUGGGGAGCGGUGUGAAGGCUGCCCGGACAAACGCUACGCCAUGGUGCUGUUCCGCAUCACCAGCGUCUUCUACGUGCUGUGGAUGCCUUACAUCCUCUACUUCCUCCUCGAGAGCGCCGGACUGUAUCAACAUAAGGUGGCGUCCUUCUUCACCACGUGGUUGGCGAUUAGCAACAGCUUCUGUAACUGUCUCAUCUACAGCCUCUCCAACAGCGUCUUCCGGAAAGGUCUCGGCCGCCUCUUUAGCCCGUUGUUUCCUUCCUGCCUCGGUUGCACGGACGCCAAAAAAGCCCCGGUUCCCGUCAGCCCCCGCUCAGCCCCUCGAUGCCAAGUAUGAUCCUCGACGACGAUGGAUUCGGUUCGGUCACUUUGGAGGCUCGGCCCUCUGUGCGUGUGCUUUGCUCUCAGCUGCGUGGCAUGACACAGGUCUUUUUGGUCCGGCAGUAAAAUGCGUCGAGGACCUCCUGCACGGAGCGCGGAGAGGUGCCCGUGCAGAAGCCUGCUGGUCGUCACGAAGGCUGAUUUUUGUGGAAAGAGGAAGCUGGGUCUCGCUGCUCUUUGACAGCAGCAAGGAUCACAAGCGGAUGGAAUAAGAAGAAGAAGAAGAAGAGUGGACUGUAGGAAUAAGGUUCAUGUAUGUUAGUCCAGAGGCCUGCAUUGACUUAAGAACUCCCAGAAGCAAAAAAAAAAAAAAGCAAAAAAACAAAAAAAGGAAAGCACAGCACGACUUGUGUUGUGCAAUUCACUGAAAUGCAAAAAAAAAAAUUGUUUUAAAUCUUUUCAAGCUUGACUGAAAAAAAUCUGCAAAUUGUCUUGGUUCUUUCAGGGUAGAAGUAGGUGAUGCAAAAAAAACAAAAACACUUGAAACAGACUACUGAUCUGUUUCCCCUUAGGGAAGUCCAGAUACUAAUGUGUGUAUGAAAAAUCCUUCAUGAAGAAAUCAUCUGUUAAUCAGCGAUCGAUAUGUGUGUGUGAGUUACAGAUGUGUAUCUGAUGGACCUUAAGCUCAUUUCCCAGAGAGAAGACUGAGGUUUAUCAAAAGGAUUCCUCUCUUUUGAAGUUGGUGGGAAGCUGUUUACACAGUCUCGGGUUUCACAUGAAAAUAUUGAUUUAAGAAUUAGCUUUACUUUCUAAAGAUGACCGCUGAGCCCGGGAAGUUUUCCCGCCAGCAGACGGUAGCGGCGCAUCCUCGUCAAUGAGACAAUAAAUGAUAUUUAUUUUGGAGAGUUUUAUUCUCUUUGCGUUUCCUCCUCAGGUUUAUCAGCAGUUGUUUUUAAGCCUCCGGGCUGUUUUGCUUUGCUCUCAGCUGAAACAGUAUGUGACCCUUAAAUCAAAAGCCACGUAGUGUCAUAAGAUAGUCACCUCCUGACCUGUUGUGCAGUUGUGUCAGUGUUAAUGAUGAAUCUGCUGUCUGCCGGGAUCACAGGGCGAUCUCAUGCAAAGACUGACUUCAUUGUAAUCUGUAAAUUUGUUGCUUCUCUCUCUCUCUCUCUCUCUUUCUCUCUCUCUCUCUCUUUUUAAGUCGUCUAGCAGCUGGCGGCGGCUCAGAUCAGUGCAAAGUGGAGGAGAGGAGUUUAUGGCUGUGCUUCACGAGCCAGACCUCCAGAGUGUAAGAGGGUCAGAGCACUUUUCUAAGAGCCGGUGGCUUGUGGCUUUUUGGCGUCAUGUAAAUACACUAAAUAUUUAAACAGCAGCAAACUGAGUCCUUUGGGGGAUUUUUGGCGGCCCCUGAUGUAAAGUAGAUCUCUGGGGUUAAAGAUAAUUAUGUGGGUAAAGUGUUAUGUUUUUCUAACAGGAUAAUUUAUUUGUCACAGCUAAGACGUGCUGCACUGAGACUGAACCUGGGUUUUUUUUACAGUGUUGAGAAGAAGGAAAAGUGUUUCUUUAUAUGCAGCAGGAAGUUUGAGGACUUUUAGAUUAAGAUUGAAGAUGUAGUUUGGUUUUAAAGUCACAAUGAAAUGGCAUCUCUGAGAGCGUCUUGCUCCUGAAUUUUACUUAUUUGUGGAAAGGGGAGAGAAAGAAACUAGAUGGGAGGAUUUUUCAUGAUGUAAUGCUGUAUGGCCAAAAAUAUAUGGACACCACACAAAUACUUUUGGUGCUCUUUUUGUCUGGGGAUGAUUUUCAAGGCUCCUUAAUUACACUAUGGAUAAAUCUCAAUUGAAUCUGAAACAAUAAGUUGAAUAAUUGAUUAGUUGAUCAACAGAAAAAUAACUGUCAGCUUUUUUGAUUAUUAAAAUGAUUAGUUUUUCAAGCAAAAUAUCAAAUUAAAUGAAUAUCUUUGGUUGGAAAACAUAAUCUACGUGGAGUCUUCGUCUUGGGGUUUAAUGAUGUGAACUGUGAUUUAACUUUAUAUUUGGUAACGUCAGUUUUACCAUCUAAGAAAUAUUAUGUUAGAAAAAUAUAUAAUUUUCCUGAAAACUGCAUGUAAAAUGUAAAACACUCGAAACAAACCACAGUUAAAAGUUGUGUCUGGUAAUGUCGUUUAUUUAUUGGUUUAAUUAACAGGGAAAGUACCUGUAAGUGUAAAUGUACCAAAAUUAGAGCCUGCUGCCGCACUCGCUGCUUUUCCACAGAGAAAGAACAAGACCGCUAAAACAAGAGAGCUACAUCCGGUUCAAGCUAACAGAUGAGCUAGCCGUAGCUAGCUGUAGCUAAAACUAGGCUACAUGUUUGCUUUUGCUACUCAACUGUCACCUGGCAAUGACAAAUAACAUCUUGAUAAGUUUAGUUUGUUAUCCAACAAUAGCUAAUUUCAGCUGUGAUGGAGACUAACUAAAACCUGGCUAAACGUUGACUAGCCUAGCUUAGCAGAGCAGCAGUUGGCUAAUUGCCAUCUCAGCUUGUGUCCGCUUGUGGAACUGAAAUUAUUUAUUGCGGUCAAGCUACUGUACUUUUAAUUCACAUAUUUAAACUUAAUAAAUGGUAUAUUCAUUUAUUAUGUUGAUUUCAAGGAAGGUAUUAACAAAUAUUGAACUGAAAAGCUACAGAAAAAGUUUAUCUAUGAUGUAUUUCUUCCCUCAAAGUCCCUGAAGAUUAUUAAAGGCAGAGUGAAGAUUUUAGGUUUGGUUUAUCCUGAUGAUUUUGGGGGUAAAAAGACAUAAAACGACGACAGUUAAUCUGAAAAUGUUAAUAAACUCUUAUUUAUUUCUCAACUUAAGCUUCUCUGUAGGGCACACACAAGGUCAUGUUGUACGUUAUUAAUAUAAAAUAAAUUCCACAUAUAAUUUUGAUAUAAAGAUUUGAAAAAUGUGAAAAAUCUACAUUUAUUGUCACAGGUGUGUGUGCCAUCACAAGGGAAAUUAGUUUAAAAAUGUUCAUUCUUGAUGUUGGAAAACUCACCACGGGGCCCGUUUAAUAGCAGAUUUGAAGCUUUCGGUCGUAUCACAUGAUCUUCCUCAGCAGAGUUUGCUGCUCUGUUGAAAUUGUAGAUAUUCACAUUAAAUUGAUUGUAAUUCAAUUUUCAUGUAAAAAGUUUCAUGUUUUAUUUCAUUGUGACUUUAAAAGUAACUGUUGCCUUGA